AUGAACGACUCAUUCAUUGCAAGAGUUGAUCCAAACACUUCUUAUCAAGACUUUUACAAUGAAUUCUUAGUUAAAAAUAAAGUCUGCAUUUGUGAGGGUCUGACCACUGAUUGGCGAUCACGGACUGAAUGGUUGACCAAAGAUGGCACACCAGACUUGGAUGUGUUGAGCAAUCUCUUUGGCGAUGCAAUGGUUCCGGUGGCCGAUUGCCAGACAAAGUAUUACAAUUCAAACGCCAAACAAGAGAUGAUUUUUAAUGAUUACAUCGAUUAUUGGAAAAGAGUUCAAAGUAUUGAUUAUCACUAUUCAGAUAAUGAUAUGAAGAUAUUGUAUCUAAAAGAUUGGCAUUUUAUCAAUGAAUUUCCUGAUUAUAAGGCUUACGAAAGACCAAUAUAUUUUGAGUCCGAUUGGAUCAAUGAGUUUUGUACUCAAGACAUGAAUAGUGACCUAAUAUGUGAUGACUUUAGAUUUGUUUAUAUGGGACCCAAACAUAGCUCAACUCCACUUCAUGUGGAUGUGUUUGGAUCAUACAGUUGGUCGGCCAACAUAUGCGGCACUAAGAAGUGGCUGAUUAUUCCUCCGGGAAAUGAAGCAAAUUUGAAAAGUUUAAACAACAAUGAAAUACCUUUUGAUUUUUAUCAGAUUCAUAACUAUUCACAACAUUUGAAAUCUAUGAAUGGUUUUGAAGUAAUUCAAAGAAGCGGUGAUAUUAUAUUUAUUCCGAGCGGUUAUAUUCAUCAAGUGAUCAAUACUGAAGAUACCAUUUCGCUGAACCACAACUGGUUUAACGGCACUAAUAUACAUAAGAUUUUUUCAAAUCUAAUGAAUGCCUUGAAUGAUGUCGAGAAUGAAUUGUCUGAUUUGAAGACAUUAAUUGAUUUGAAUGAAUGGCAUAAUGAAUGCCAAACAUUACUUAAAAUGCAUUUUGGGAUGAAUUUGAAUGAAUUUUUUGAUUGCUUAAGAUAUGUAUCUAAACGAAUCAAAUCGGAAGCAAUGGAUCAACAAAUUAAAGAAAGAAAAUAG